UCUCCCGGUCUCGCUCUCCACCGCCGCUCCGGGACCUGCGCCUUGCUGAACGGACCGCUUUCUUGCUUCUCCCUGCUGGCGCCCGGCAGACAAGGUCCUGAUGGAGCUGAUCGAGCCGUACGAGCUGCGAGCGGCAAAGCUGCGUGAGUUCCUGGAGGACGUGAAGCCCUCGCUGCAUUACGACAUCGUGCCUCUGGUCGACCCCUACGGCCCCUCAGUCACGGACCCUGACCUGCAGUGCUUGGUGGUCAGUGAGGAGACCCGCAGAGGAGGGGAGGCCGUGAACAAGAAGAGACUUGAAAACGGGCUCCCUGAGCUGGCUCUCUACGAGAUCCUGUUGAUGAAGGACCCCGAACACAGUCAGAAUGAGGAGGAGAAGAUCAGCUCCUCCAGCCUCCGGCAGAGGCUGCUGGGGACACUGCUGCGGCCCCCGCGGCAAGACCCUGCCUUGCCUUCGCGCCCAUAUGUGAUCGGCCUGACUGGAGGAACCGGUAGUGGGAAAACCUCCAUCGCCAAACUCCUGGGGCACCUGGGAGCAUUCCUCAUCGACGCUGACAAGCUGGGCCACGCCGUCUAUGUCCCUGGUGGCCCUGCCUACGAGCAGGUGGUGGCAGCCUUUGGGGCAGAAAUCUUGAAUGAAGAUGGGACAAUUAACAGGAAAGUCCUUGGGGCCAAAGUGUUUGGGAACCAGGAGCGGCUGAAGAGUCUCACGGACAUUGUGUGGCCUGAGAUGGCCCAGAUGGUCAAGGAGCAGAUUGGGGAGGCAGAUGCUCAAGGUAAGGCCGUGUGUGUGCUGGACGCUGCUGUGCUGCUGGAGGCUGGCUGGCAAGACAUGGUCCAUGAGGUGUGGACGGCCAUCAUCCCAGAGGAGGAGGCUGUGAAACGCAUCAUGGCCAGGGACGGGCUGAGCGAAGAGGCUGCUCGCAGCCGACUGCAGAGCCAGAUGACCAACAGCCAAAGGGUGGAGCAGUCGCAGGUGGUGCUGUGCACACUCUGGGAGCCGGAUGUCACCCGCAAGCAGGUGAGCCCCGGGCUGGCUGCAGCACUGGGGUCUGUCGCAGGUGGCAAAGGGGGAGGCAGGCGACUGACGUGUGCCGGAGGGCUCAGUGCUGUGCCCAGGUCAUGCAUGGUGUGCCUGGGCGUGCUGCUCACCAUCAAGGCUGCCUCUGUGCACAGCCAUGAGGGAUGAAUUCAGGGAUGUAAAUGCAGCAGGGAAGGGGCAGGAAGCGUGGGACCCUCGUGUAAGACUCCUGCCCCUGCUGUGGUGCCGCUCGCCUUGUCCCCGGCUUGGCUGCGGGCUCUGAGGUGCCGCCCCACAUGGGCUCUCUGGCAGGUGGAGAAGGCCUGGGACCUCCUGCAGCAGCGCCUGAGCCAGAAGUGCAGCCUGUGAGGGGGUCACGCUCCUCUUGGCCGUCAUGUGCCAAUCCCAUGGAUCCCACACCAGUGGGAUGGGAGGCGAGGGUCCAUGUCCUGGCCUCACACGCCGGCAGUGAGCCAGCCGUGCCGGGGAGGAGCGCAGCGCAGGGCCUGAACCCACCCACCCCGUCCAGCCCCGUGGAGGGGCCGGGGGCAUCCUGCCAUACCCUGGUUUUGGGGUGGGGGGGCAUUGCAGCGGCUCCUCAGGCCAAAGGGCUGAGCCUGCGCUGGAACCUGGACCUCCCUGUGGGACAGUAAAGAGCCUUCUGCCUCUGUAAGUGUCUGUCUGCUGGUCCUGUCCCCUGUACCCCCCAGCCCGCCCUGCAGCUGGUUCUCCUGCCCCUGGCCCCUGCCCUGCCUGAGCCCC